UCGGCGCAGGCGCAGUGCCCGCUUUGGCUGCUGUCGCCGCGGCGUAUGGAGCCGCAGCAGAAUGGAAGUGGCAAGUGGCAAGCUGACGAGGAGCCGCCGCCGCCGCCGCCGCCCGCCAUGGAGACGGGAAGCGAAGCCGGAGGAUCCUCGGAGGAACGGCGGCGGCGGAUAUCGGCCUCAGGCGGCCGUCGGCGCGGAGGCGGGACGAGCAGGGCGGAGGCCACGGCGAGCCGCGAGAAAGAGCGCGUUGGCCCCGCCCCCCGGCCGCGCCUCGAUUCCCACCGCAAGAGCCGCCCCCCUUUCCCUUGGUUCGGCUUGGACAUUGGCGGGACUUUGGUGAAGCUGGUUUAUUUCGAGCCCAAAGACAUCACCACGGAGGAGGAGGAGGAAGAAGUGGAGAGCCUGAAAAGCAUCCGCAAAUACCUGACCUCCAACACGGCCUACGGCUCCACCGGCCUUCGCGACGUCCACCUGGAGCUCAGAGACCUCACGCUGUGUGGACGCAAAGGCAAUCUGCACUUUAUUCGCUUCCCCACGCACGACAUGCCCGCUUUUAUCCAGAUGGGCAGCGAGAAACAUUUCUCGAGCCUCCACACCACCUUGUGUGCCACUGGAGGCGGAGCGUAUAAAUUUGAGCAGGACUUCCGCACAGUGGGGGACCUUCAGCUGCGUAAGAUGGACGAGCUCGACUGCCUCAUCAAGGGAGUUCUCUACAUCGAUUCGGUGGGGUUCAACGGACACUCGGAGUGCUACUAUUUUGAGAACCCCACGGAUCCCGAGAAAUGCCAGAAGGUCCCUUUCAACCUGGAGAAUCCCUACCCGCUCCUUCUGGUGAACAUCGGCUCCGGGGUCAGCAUCCUGGCCGUCUAUUCCGAAGACAAUUACAAGCGGGUGACAGGUACCAGCCUUGGAGGAGGCACCUUUUUCGGCCUCUGCUGCCUCCUGACCGGCUGCUCCACCUUCGAAGAGGCCCUCGAAAUGGCAUCCCACGGAGACAGCACCAAAGUGGACAAACUCGUGCGGGAUAUUUACGGAGGGGACUACGAGCGCUUUGGGCUGCCCGGUUGGACCAUCGCAUCCAGCUUUGGAAACAUGAUGAGCAAAGAGAAGCGAGAUGCCGCCAGUAAGGAGGACCUGGCCCGGGCGGCCUUGAUCACCAUCACCAACAACAUUGGCUCCAUCGCCCGGAUGUGCGCGCUGAAUGAGAACAUCAAUAAAGUGGUUUUUGUGGGGAACUUUUUGCGAAUCAACACGAUCUCCAUGAAGUUCCUGGCCUACGCUUUGGACUACUGGUCCAAGGGACAACUGAAGGCCCUUUUCCUGGAACAUGAGGUAAAAAGUCGCGCUGUGGCUUCUCUUUUAGGCGAGUCGUUGCAGUCGUUCAAGUUCAUAACCCUGUCGUUCGGCGAGUCUGGCUCCCCUUCGCCUCCCGAGUUGGUUGCCCAGCUGAAUGGGGACUCCGAAUUUUGA